CGAGACACCAUGAAGGCGUCUGGCACACUUAGGGAGUACAAAGUCGUCGGGCGUCUGUUGCCCUCUGCCAAGAACCCGACCCCUCCUCUGUACCGCAUGAGGAUCUUCGCCCCCAACCAUGUGGUGGCCAAGUCCCGCUUCUGGUACUUCGUCUCCCAGCUGAGGAAGAUGAAGAAGGCGAACGGAGAGACCGUGUACUGCGGCCUGGUUCAUGAGCAAUCUCCCUUGAAGGUGAAAAACUUUGGCAUCUGGCUGCGUUACGAUUCCCGCAGUGGCACCCACAACAUGUACCGCGAGUACAGAGACCUCACCACCUCCGGAGCCGUCACCCAGUGCUACCGGGAUAUGGGAGCUCGUCACCGUGCUCGCGCUCAUGCCAUCCAGAUCAUGAAAGUGCAGGUGAUCGCAGCCAACAAAUGCCGCAGAGCCGCCAUCAAGCAGUUCCACGAUUCCAAGAUCAAGUUCCCUCUGCCCCACAGGGUCCUGCGUCGCCAGCACAAGCCCCGCUUCACCACCAGGAGGCCGCAGACAUUCUUCUAAAGUGUGCGUUUGCAGUCCUGUUUAUUGGGAAAUAUAAAAAUAAAAAAAAGUCUCAACUUG